AUGCUCAACUCCACCGGCGUCAAUUCUCACUCUCUGCAGAGUACUACCGCUGCCAGUGACACCGAUGGAAGACUGAUCGUUCUGGUAGUCGGGGAAUUGGCAACGUACUUGUGCCGCUCUGGCGAGAUACGCCCUUUCCUCGAGGACGGUCCCAUUCCCGAAGAAGUGUUGAGGUUGGCUCCCACAUUUUCCUUAUCUUUAACCGAAUCUGCUGCUUCACUCAAGCAGAAAAAGGCGCUGCAGCUUGUCUCAAGGCUUCGCGAGCACGUGUUGGACCGAAACAUCGUCGUUGUUCUUCCAAUGCAUGUUUCCUCCGAAUACCGAGAAAAAAUUGUGAUGUUUUUGUUUGUGAGGCUGGAGGUGAGAACAAUCAUAGUGCUGUCAGAUCUCGUGGCCGACACCUUUGGGGCUGGGCUGCGGGAGUCACUUGUCCUUCAUGCGUCUCUGAGGGCGCUUUCCGUUGGUCGCGUAGAGUCUGGCGUUACGGUGAAGUACGCGGCAUCCGUUUCAGGUUCACUGUUGCAUCUUUUGAAAUUCCCCACCGCAAGGGGUGAGGGGUGCUGUGAUGGACAGGGGUGUGUAGGGAGUAAAGCGGAGAGUCCUGAAGGCAUAAAAGAAGAAGAGAAACAGAAGGCAGACGGAGUGAAUGGAGAAGAAAGUGAUGAGGGUGACGCAUUGUCGCUUUUUCUUAGCUCGUCGUUGGGUAGCUCUUUCUCUUCUGCAACGGCAGUGAAUUUAUUGGAUGAACAGUACCGCGGGGCGCUCUUUUCCUACUUUGGGGAGGAGGUGUAUCAACGCGUGGUGGCAUCGCAGGAAUUUCGUGACGCAGGGAUGAAGCGCAGGCGUGACGAGGCGAAGGAAAACGUUGAAUCAGCUGUUGUAAGAACGAACGAUAGUCUUCAAAGCAAAAAAGGAGUGUUGAAACACCUCAUUGCCACCAUCGCAGAUGAUGCACCGUUACCUGUGAUUGUGACAGGGGAAGCCUUACGUGUUGCUCCAUUACUUUGCAACUUCCUUGAAGAGACAGUGCGUGAAUGCAGCACUAAGUUUGCAACUGUGGGCGCCUUGUCGUCGUCAUCUGCUUCUUUGGCUUCAUCUUCGACGACUGACAGAAGUGAGUCUUCUAAAUCUUUCUCUUUGGAGGCUGCUGGACUUCUUCAACUUCAACCGUUACCGCUGCAGGAGUCUCCGUGGAUGCUAUCUCUCUUGGGCGGAUCCUUGGUCUCGCAGCUAUCGUUAGGAGAGCUGAGUAAACUGCGCAUCUCACGAGAGGAUGCACUUUCUUCUAAAGGCGGCAUUAUUCACUGGCGUUCGGUGCUCUGA